AUUUCCUCGCUGGCGUCACUCUCCAUUCUCUUCUCUUCUUCUUCUUCUUCUUCUUCUUCUUCUUCUUCUCCGAUCUAGGGUUUCAGGAGAUCACCAAUGGACAAGUACGAGAAGUUGGAGAAGGUCGGAGAGGGGACAUACGGCAAGGUCUACAAAGCCAAGGACACGGCCACUGGCCAGCUUGUAGCCCUCAAGAAGACUCGUCUCGAGAUGGACGAAGAAGGCAUCCCUCCCACUGCCCUCCGCGAGAUCUCUCUCCUCCAGAUGCUCUCCCAUAGCAUCUACAUCGUCCGGCUGCUGAAUGUGGAGCACGCUGACAAGAAUGGGAAGCCGGUGUUGUACCUUGUGUUUGAGUAUCUGGACACUGAUCUCAAGAAGUUUAUUGAUCACCACCGCAAAGGCCCCAAUCCUGGUCCCCUUUCGUCACAAGUUAUUCAGAGCUUCUUGUAUCAGUUGUGUAAAGGGGUUGCUCACUGCCAUAGCCAUGGGGUGCUUCACAGAGAUUUGAAACCUCAAAAUCUCUUGGUUGACAAGGAGAAAGGCAUCUUGAAGAUAGCAGAUCUUGGGCUUGGAAGAGCAUUUACCAUUCCUCUCAAGAGCUAUACACACGAGAUUGUUACGCUCUGGUAUAGAGCUCCUGAAGUACUUUUGGGAACUUCCCACUACUCAACUGGAGUCGACAUGUGGUCUGUUGGGUGUAUAUUUGCUGAGAUGGUCAGAAGGCAAGCUCUUUUUCCUGGUGACUCAGAGUUGCAGCAAUUGCUUCACAUUUUCAGGUUGUUGGGAACACCAACUGAGGAGCAAUGGGCAGGCGUCAGCUCUCUCCGAGAUUGGCAUGAGUAUCCCCAAUGGAAACCCCAGAACUUGGCACGUGCAGUUCCUUCAUUAGAUGCUGACGGUGUUGAUCUCCUAUCAAAAAUGCUUCAAUAUAAUCCAGCAAACAGGAUAGCUGCCAAGGCAGCCAUGGACCAUCCCUACUUUGACAGUCUGGAUAAGUCACAAUUUUAGUCUUCUCAAGAACUGGAACUCAAGGAUGUUUGUUACAUUUCGACGGCAGACUUGUGGCAUCUUGAGUGGUUGCCAAACAAAGCAAAUGUUGUAUGCCCUUGUUUGUGGCUUGGCUUCCUGCUAAAGUUUAAGUUUGCACUCUGUAUUCCUGAGCAAAGGACUUAAAUUUUCUGCUAAGAGUGUCUCCACUUUCACAUUUUGAAUCGAGUAGGUGUGAUCAUAUCAAGUGAUCGCCCGGUUUAUUUAAUUGCUGUUUUAAUUUUGCUGCUGCUU